AUGGAGGUGUCAGGCUACCAGUCCAAGCUGCUGUGUGAGCUCAAUGUGCAGCGGAAGAGAGACUUCUUCUGUGACUGCAGUAUAGUCGUUGAGGGGCGGGUCUUCAAGGCCCAUCGCAACGUCCUAUUCGCCGGCAGCGGCUACUUCCGCGCCCUAUUGGUCCACUACCUACAGGUGAGUUGUUUAUGAAGUUUACCUGGUGCUGAUGCAGAAUACAUAGUUAAGGAGCCUGAGUAUUGUUUUACCUGGUGCUGAUGCAGAAUACAUAGUUAAGGAGCCUGAGUAUUGUUUUACCUGGUGCUGAUGCAGAAUACAUAGUUAAGGAGCCUGAGUAUUGUUUUACCUGGUGCGUUCACUUGUUAAAAAAAAAAGGGAGAUUGAUAAUGGCUAUAGUAACCCAGUUGGCAAAGGCACUCCAAUUUUUUUAAAUGGAAAGGACACUGGUAUGGGUAAACUCUAAUCUCUAAUCUAAGCUUUAAUCUAAACUCUAAUCUAGUUUAUAGCCUGUUUACAGUAUGCCUUACUUCCUUGAAUCGCUCCACCACCCUCCUCAGGACAGCGGUCAGCACCACAGCACGGCCUCUCUGGACAUCGUGACGGCCGAGGCCUUCUCCUCCAUCCUGGACUUCCUGUACUCGGGCCGACUGGACCUGCGCAGCGAGAACGUCAUCGAGGUGAUGUCAGCGGCCAGCUACCUCCAGAUGACUGACGUGGUCUCCUUCUGUAAAGGCUACAUCCGCUCCUCUCUGGAGAUCUACAAUAGGGAUAAUGAGGGGGAGAGAGAGAGAGAAGGGGAGAGAGAAAGAGAGAGGGAGAGAGACAAAGGGAGGGAACGGGAAAAAGAGAGGGAGAGAGAAAGGAGAGGGAGAGAGACAAAGGGAGGGAACGGGAAAAAGAGAGGAAGAGAGAAAAAGAGAGGGAGAGAGAGGGUCCGGCUGACAGUGGAACCCCAGCCUUGCCACCUCCCUCUUCCAGUGCCUCUGUAGCUGUAACUGUUCCUCCGUUGUCACUAGAGGGAGAUGGAGUUACUAAUGUAAAUUCAGAGCCCUCCCCAUCCACUGUCACAGACCCGCCAUCCUCAGCAGCCCUCCCCAGUGUCCCCACGCCCUCCGGCCCCUAGCAGGGACUCGGAGAGCGACGACUGCAGCUCCAGAGGGGAGUUCCCAUCUCAUACUAUCGGGGGCCGGACCCCCCACGGACACAGGGACCACCCGACGAACCCCCUUUCCUCCUCGACCUCUGGGUUGACCUUAGAACUGGUGCUCCCCAAGAUCGAGUACGACCCCGAUGACGAGCCCGAGGAGGGGUCCCCCGAUACCAAAGACCUGCCAUUGUUUAUGGGACCCCCCCUCCACACCCACCACGCAGACCACCUCCAUGACAGGCUGGCGUCCCCCAGCCCUUCCCCCAGCAGCGAGCGCUCCUCCCUGGGCUUCGGGGGCUGCCACGCCAGGCAGUUCGUGGAUGUGCUGUUGAGAGGUGGCUCCAGCCCCCAGAGGGACAGAGGGGAGCAGGGCCUGAUGUUUGCCCAGGGAAUGGGCCUCUGGGGUGGGGGAGGCAGGGUGGAUGAGGGCCUGGGGAUGGGUGGUUCCUCCAUAAUGGAGAUACAGAGCGACUGGUACGGAGAGGACACAGGUAAUUACAUUCAUUUAGUUUUAACUCUAUAAGGCUUUAUAUUAAACUUUACUUUCUUCUUGUUUCUUCCUACAUAUGGCGUUUUUUUCUUACCACUAUCAGGCUUUGACUUUUAGGGGUUUAGGCCUGGGUUUCUUUCUGCUUUCGUGACAAGAAGAUUUGCUUUAAAAAAGACCAUAUAAUAUUGUGACAUUAUAUUAACUUUGUAACAUCGUCCUAAAGGACUAACUCAUUAAUUCUGCAGGUGAUGUCUUUCUUGGUGGUGCCAGUUUGUACUGUAUAGUGAUUGAUUCAUUGUUUGAUUGACUUUUCUCCCCUGCAGGAGAUGGCUUGGUGGUGCCGGUGAAGCUCCAUAAGUGUCCGUUCUGCCCGUACACUGCCAAGCAGAAGGGCAUCCUGAAGAGACACAUCCGCUGUCACACUGGAGAGAGACCCUUCCCCUGUGAGACAUGUGGCAAGAGGUUCACACGCCAGGAGCACCUCCGCAGCCACUCACUCAGCGUAAGAGGGAGGGAGGGAGUGGUGUGUGUGUGUGUGUGUGUGUGUGUGUGUGUGUGUGUGUGUGUGGUGUGUGUGUGUGUGUGUGUGUGUGUGUGUGUGUGUGUGUGUGUGUGUGUUGUGUGUGGUGUGUGUGUGUGUGUGUUGUGUGUGUGUGUGUGCGCGCGUGUGUGAAAAUACAAAAACACUCAGAGACACUGAUCUUUCUAAAUGACCAUCUCUCUGUCUGCCUGUCACUGGGUCUGUCUGUGUUUGCAAGCCAUUUGGGUUCUUCAUAUUGAGGAUACACCAUCGUCAUGUCUGUGUUUGUCAGUCUUGUCCGUGUAAAAAUGUGUUUUAUGUACUUUCUUUGGGGGGGGGGGGGGGGGGGGGGGGGGGGGGGGGGGUUAGAUCAGCUUAUUAUUGCAGAUAGAUUGUGGCUUCUAUCAAUGUAAUUGUUUGCAUCAUUGUCUGCACCAAUCCCCAUAUUUUUGUAUAUAUAUAUAUAUUUUUUUUUUUUUUUUGGUGGGUAUAUUUCCUUCUUUAUAAUUUUCCCCUAACCCUACCACCCCUCCCCUAAUUGGAGUAAACUAAUGGACAACAACACUUAGGCUUCUACUUCCAGAUUAUACAUACUAUAGACAUUUUACAGACACAGUGUAUUUGACAUUAGUUAUCUAUUUAUUGUUUAUCCUUCAGCCUCCCUCAACCCUUCCCAUCUAUCGCUGUAAACCUUCCAGUUUUCACAAAGGUUCUGAACCUUUCUAUUCUCAUAGUUUCUACAGAUUGUAAAUUUUAAAGAUGAUCAUUUUUUUUAUUUAAAAGUAUUAUUAUAAUAUUGAUUAAUUGACAAUGGCUUUGAGUCACCCAGCAGUGCUGUCUGCAGGGUUAGCUCCAGGUAAAUGUUGCAAUUCGUCAGCCAUUCCUGAACCUGCAACCAAAAACAAGCUACAUAUGGACAGUACCAAAACAAAUGAUCUAAUGAUUUUCUUCGCAGCAAAAUCUGCAGAGCUGGGAUGGUUGUAUCCCCCAUAUAUAUAACAUUCUAUUGGUUGCAAUAAUUUGGUAUAAUCAUUUAAAUAGAAAAAAGUUUUGAAUCUGGCGUUGUUUUGUGUAUCAGUUCAUAAACCAUGUGCCAUCGAAUCGGUACAUCGAAAAUCUCCUCCCAACUAUUUUGCAACCUGUACGGUGCAGCUGUACAUUUUCUUUAACCAAUUUGGGUCUUUAAUGCCGACGAACAAGUGAUCUACCUUCUCCCCCUUCCACUUGCCUCCUCCAUUUUUGUGGUAACGCUGCAAUCAUUUUGUUGUAAUAUUUUAUAGAGCAGACAUUUCCAGAUAUUUUUUAGCUGCACGUGUGACAUAACUCCACCAGUCCUAUUUAUGAUAUAAUUUACAAAGAUUAUACCAUUUUUAAAGUUUCUUCUGAAAAUAAUAUUUGUUUUUGUCAAUUAGUAUGUUUAACCAUUUAUAUUUGUAGUAAUAUUUGUUCUGUCUUUUGUGGUGGAUUAAACUGAAAUUGCAACCAACUUUCUAUGGAUUGUUUUUAAAAAAAUAGCGAUAUUUUGGAGAUUUCCUUUUCAAAUAACUGAAAGUGAGAGGUUGUAAUCUGAAUAAAGGGAAAAAGGCCAUUUUUUAAACACGGGGUGAGACAUUCUUACUAAUCUGCUAGAGAACCAGUUCGGAUUUAAAUAUAACUUUUGUAUGACUGAAGCCUUUAGUGAGAGGUUCAAUGCUUUUAAUAAUUUCAGCCCUCCGAAUUCAUAUUCAUUAUAUACUGUAGUCUUUGUGUAUAGAUGUGAGUGUGUGUGUGUGUGUGUGUGUGUGUGUGUACUGAUUGAUGUUGACGUGUCUUUGUCUCUGACACCCAGGUGCACCGCUCCAGUUGGCCCGUGGUAUGUAAGGGGUGCAGGUGUAGCUUCACUGGAGCCCUGUCCAACGGACUCAAACGCUUUGGCCUGUGUGACAACUGUACCUGUGUUAAUACCACGGGCCACGACGACCACUCACCUCCCGCCCACAUCAACCUCAACGGCCAACCAGAGGCCAUGGAACGCGGGGACGGAGACAGUGAUUGGCCCAGGUUCAUGGAUGAUGCUGAUGACAUGGAGGCAGGGGGAGGGAUCAUAGAGGAACUGGGGGAGAAGGGGGAACUAUACAGACGACUGUCAGAGAUCCCAUCCACAGUGGACAUGAAGGAGAGGAGACAAGGAAAGGAAGAAUUGAACUUUCAGACACAGUUUUAAUCCCAUCUUGCCGUCUACCUCCCCCAGUGGUUUAAUAGGGGAACAAUCCAUGUCUGAGACAGAUGUCCAUGUUAACUUUGUAUUGGCUACUAUUUUGGACCAAAAUAACUAUGGUACAGAAUUGCAUGACCGUAAGAGGACUGGGUUUUCCCUAGGAGAAAGACAUCUCUUCUAGUUGACUUGGUCAUGGUGGCACAAUGCACCAGGUGAUGUUAUACCACAGCAGUUUGUUCUCCACGGAAACAGCAGACAUCUUGUCCUCAA